AUGAGUAAAUCCGGAGUCUCCGUCUCGCCCGAGUGCAUAUCUAAGUUCAAUGAGCUCAAGCUAGGCAAAUCGGUCAAAUACAUCAUCUACAAGCUGUCCGAUGACUACAAGGAGAUUGUCGUCGAGGACUCGAGCUCUGAUCCUGACUGGGAGACGUUCCAGAGCAAGCUGAUGAAUGCAAAGGCGGGGCAUAAGGGGAAGGAGGGCAAGGGACCCAGAUAUGCCGUUUAUGACUUUCAGUAUGAGUUGGAGGGGGGUGAGGGAACGAGGAACAAGAUUGUCUUCAUUUCGUGGAGCCCAGAUGAGGGAACAUUGGUCUUCCCAAGAAUGACCUACGCAUCAUCAAAGGAAUCCCUCAAGAACGCGCUCAACGGUAUCGCAGCCGAAGUACAAGCCAACCGGGAUGACGAAAUAGAGUACGCAACCAUUCUGAAGGACAUCAGCAAAGGAAAGCGCUAG